GCCCAGGAAACUGACUGUUACGGCAGACCACCAUGCUGACCGCAUCUAUGACGGUCGGCGCCGACAUUCUUUGCGCCCAGGCCAACGCCACCACUGCUAUAAAUUCGGCGGUAGACAUGCCAGACAAACGGACUGAUAUCUGCCUUCUUCCCUCCCAUUAUCUACCGUUUCAUUGAGCACACCGCUCGGAUAUGUCUCGCAAUCUCUGCAUCACCUCUGCCGAUGGCCAGACAGGUCAUUUAAUUGCGGAACUUAUACUCACUGAUGAUGCCUUCACCUCCAAGGUCAAGUCCGUCACCUGCCUCUCCCUGCACCCCGAGAAGUGCAACGACCUCGAGGACCUCGGCGCGGUAAUUGUUCCGUACAAGCCCGGCAACGCUGCAGGUCUCGUCCAGUCGCUCAAGGAGAGCGGCGCAGACACCAUCCUGCUCAUCCCGCCUGCGCACAAGCAGAAGGUGAAGCUCGCUGAGGAGAUGAUCCUGGCGACGCGCGAAGCGGGUGUGCUGAACACAGUAUUGCUCAGCUCUGCGGGGGCGGACCUCGCGGAGAGGGACGAUCAACCGCGCAUGCGCGAGUUUAUUGAUAUUGAGGCGCGCUUCAUGGAGACGAAGGGCCUGUCUGAGACAUCCGCGGCUACGAGCCCGUGCAUUAUUCGUGCUGGGUUCUACGCAGAAAACUUACUACUAUACAACAAGGACGUGCAGAAGAACGGAAAGCUCCGUCUGCCUGUGGGCGAGCAGCACUCCUUCGCACCUGUCGCAUUAGGCGACAUCGCGACUAUUGCUGCGUAUGUCCUCACUAGCGAAGGCCCGAAAGGCCUCAGCGACCAGGUCCGCGGACAGCUGAUCACGAUCACCGGGCCUCAACUGGUGAACGGUCCGGAGCUCGCCAGCAACGCGCAGAAAGCGGGCCUCAAGCUGGAGUUCGAGGACAUCUCCGAGAAGCAAGCCAUAGAGAUCUUGGAGGCAGACGCCGAGAUCGAUGAGUCUGAGAUGCAGUACUUGCUCGAAUACUACUCGCUCGUUCGUGCGGGGAAGACGAACUACAUCAGCACCCAUUCAUUCCACGACAUCACCGGAAGCCAUCCGACGGAGAUGCUGCAGUUCUUCCAAACCUACGACGCUGAGUUCAAGCCAAAACGCCGUCGUCUCCGCAAGUGAAUGUAGCAAAUGCCUGUCCCCGUAGUAUUUAUGGAGCCAUCUUGUAAAGUAUGUCAGGCUGGUAUUGGGGUUGACAACAAGUUACAUCGAGCUCGACUUAAGACUUCUGGACCCGCUCUUGUCGAAUGAACCAGGUUC